GUGUUUUUUGUUUUCACUCAGCUCCUCCAGGGCCUCACACUCAAGCACCUGGCCUCAGCCACUCCUGCCCCCACCCUUUCUUCCUCCUAACCAGACAGAGGCUGUUGCACCUGGAGCACCCACCCCUCUGCAGAGGGAGUUUAUCAGAGGCCCACAUAAGAGGCCCACAUAACCAUAAUUACUUGUGAGCCCCUGAUUAUAGUACAACUCGGCGGAUUAGCUCACCGGAUUAGCCGCUUAGGUAACACUCAUUUGACGGGGGACAUCCAUGACUCAGCUAUCUUUGGGGUAAAUAAUUUAACAGUGAUCCCAGCAGAGUAUACCCCAAUGGUCAGCCUCAGAGGCGCCUGCCAACCUGCUCUCUGCCUGUUAACAGAAGCCGGAGCGACUGGAGGCUCAGCCCACCAGCAAGCUGCAGGCCCUGGAUACCACAAAGCCUACAGAUCUAGCCAGGUUGGACAAAGAGCCUGGUGUGAAGGAUGGAUGCUUCUCCCGAGCCCCAACAGAAGAGUGGGGCACUGGUGCUGGUCCGACGGCAGCCCCCUGUGUCCCAGGGCUUGCUGGAGACACUGAAGGCCAGGCUGCAGCAGAGCUGCACCUGCAGUCUGCCGUGUGUUCAGGCUCUGGUGCAGGGUCUGUUUCCUGCCGUACACUGGCUGCGCCAGUACCGCCCUAAGGAGUACCUGGCAGGUGAUGUUAUGUCUGGAUUAGUCAUUGGCAUUAUCCUGGUGCCACAGGCCAUAGCUUACUCACUGCUGGCUGGGUUGCAGCCCAUCUAUAGCCUCUACACUUCUUUCUUUGCCAACAUUAUCUACUUCCUCAUGGGCACCUCACGCCACGUUAACGUGGGCAUCUUCAGCUUGCUGUGUCUCAUGGUGGGUCAGGUGGUGGACCGAGAACUCCAGUUAGCUGGCUUUGACUCCUCCCAGGAUUCUCAGGGGUCCAGGGACAAUGACAGCACCUUCAACAACUCAGCUACAACACCGAUGCCUGGGCUACAGGAUUGCGGGCGGGACUGCCAUGCCAUUCGUAUUGCUACUGCCCUCACCCUGAUGGCCGGACUUUACCAGGUUCUCAUGGGUGUUCUCCGGCUGGGCUUCGUGUCUACCUACCUCUCACAACCACUGCUCGAUGGCUUUGCUAUGGGAGCCUCCGUGACCAUCUUGACUUCUCAGGCUAAACACCUGCUGGGUGUGCGGAUCCCUCGGUACCAGGGUCCAGGCAUGGUGAUCCACACAUGGCUGAGCCUGCUGCAGAGUGUGGGGCAGGCCAAUAUGUGUGACGUGGUCACCAGCACCGUGUGCCUAGGAGUGCUGCUUGCAGCUAAGGAGCUCUCAGACCGCUACCGACACUAUCUAAAGGUGCCAGUGCCCACAGAGCUGUUAGUCAUUGUGGUGGCCACAAUUGUGUCCCACUUUGGACAGCUCCAUGCACGGUUUGGCUCAAGUGUGGCUGGCAACAUCCCCACAGGUUUUGUGGCCCCACAGGUACCAGACCCUAAGAUAAUGUGGCACGUGGCCCUGGAUGCCAUGUCCCUGGCCCUUGUGGGCUCAGCCUUCUCCAUCUCCUUGGCAGAAAUGUUUGCCCGCAGUCAUGGUUACUCUGUCCGUGCCAACCAAGAGCUGCUAGCCGUGGGCUGCUGCAAUGUGCUGCCUGCCUUCUUCCACUGUUUUGCAACUAGCGCUGCUCUGUCUAAAACCCUGGUGAAGAUAGCCACUGGCUGCCAGACCCAGCUGUCCAGUGUGGUCAGUGCCGCUGUGGUGUUGCUAGUGCUGCUAGUGUUGGCUCCGUUGUUUCACGAUCUGCAGCGAUGUGUGCUAGCGUGUAUCAUUGUUGUCAGCCUGCGGGGGGCGCUGCGCAAGGUGAAGGACCUCCCACAGCUUUGGCAGCUAAGCCCUGCAGAUGCGCUGGUCUGGGUGGCCACUGCAGCCACCUGCGUGCUGGUCAGCAUUGGGGCUGGACUGUUAGCUGGAGUGUUCUUCUCACUCCUCAGCCUGGCGGUCCGCACGCAGCGUCCGCGGGCUGCCCUUCUUGCUCGCAUUGGAGACUCAACCUUCUAUGAGGAUGCUGCAGAGUUCGAGGGCCUCCGGCCCCCGCCUGAGGUGCGGGUGUUCCGUUUCACGGGCCCACUCUACUACGCCAACAAGGACUUCUUUCUGCAGUCGCUCUACAGCCUCACAGGGCUGGAUGCAGGGCACUCGGCCACCAGGAAGGAUCAGGGCCCAGAGAUGGGUGUCAGUGACAGAAAUCUUGCCGAUGGCAAGGAUCUGGGUUCAGUGAGCAGUGGGGCGGGGCUGGUGGUACCCUUGGCAUUCGGUUUCCACACAGUGGUCAUUGACUGUGCACCGCUCCUGUUCCUGGAUGUGGCUGGCAUGGCCACACUGAAGGACCUGCGCAGAGACUACAGGGCCCUGGACAUCACCCUGCUUCUGGCUUGCUGCAGUCCCUCAGUAAGGGACACAUUGAGGAAAGGGGGCUUCCUUGGGGAAGACCAGGGAGCAGAAGAUGAACUGCUGUUCCCCAGUGUACACAGUGCUGUAGAAGCCGCGCACGCCCGCCGCGAGGAGCUGCUGGGGGCUGACUCUGCCUUCUAGUGGGCCCAACUUCCUCAGAGCCAAGACCCAUGUCACAAGCCAGUACUGAGCUCCUUGUAGGAGUAAUCUGAAGUCAGGUCAGUCAUUAGAGAUGCACCCUUGGGCCACCUCUGUCCUGGAGAAGCCAGAGAACUCCGACUAGGAAAGGAAAACGCUGCACCCUUAACACAUUCAAGGAUUCCAAACUCUCA